CGAGCCGCAGGUCCGCGGUCCGGUGCACACCCCUACUGGUAGCCACACAACCUCAUUACCAUCUAGUUGAGGGGUGGGCAAACUUGGUCCUCCAGGUGGUGUUGAACUACAACUACGAUCAUCUCUAGCCACGAUGUGACAGGGGAUGAUGGAAGCUAUAGUUCAACAACACCUGGAUGGCCAAGUCUGUCUACCCCUGACCUAGGUUCACCUAAGGCAAAGGUGGGUUUUGCUUUCAACAUAAUUGUGGGAGUACUGAAGGAAGACUGAAAGGGUGAUUGUAUAUGGGAAAUAACUGGUUAAUGAGUUAGACUUAAGCCUGAAGGGUCAUGGCAACACAUUAGUAAUCUUCAAAGUGCAACAGGAUUGUGUUUGUCACAGCAUACUAGAAUAGCUACUCUCUCUCCUGAAGUGUCCAACUAUUUCAUUGACACCAACUCCAGCAUACAUGAAUAAGGAUCUUCCUCCAAGGCAAGGCCUUUCUUUCCCCUCCCUCUGGCCCUCCCUUUGGAGGAAAUAAAUUUACAAGUAGCACAGCCUUCUACUUUCUCACAGCAGCUUGCUUCAGCACAGGCUCACCAAAUGAGGGCAGAAAAGAUGCCUCAGAGCUCUUCCAGGGAGUAUCACGGGAGAGGCCGAGAGCAGGCAGCUCCAGAUGGCAAGAAGAAGAAGAAAGUGGAGCACCAUCAGAAAGCUAUCAAGGAGAAGCAUGAAUCCAACAGGAAGAAAGAAAAGGCAGCGAUCAAGAGCACCCUUGGGGCAGACAAUCAAGUCCAUACCUCCACAGUAGUAGAUGUGGAUGAUGUGGUAUCGUUUGAGGAGGAGACAGAGGUGAUUGCCCUGCUUGAAAGCGAGAAGCAGGAAGAAGGUAUGAAGUCUCCUGGCUUAGGCAUUUGUGAGUGGCUUCUUGUCAGCCUCUCUCUCCUUGUCAUCAUAAUCACAUUCCCGAUUUCCAUCUGGUUCUGCAUGAAGGACAUGGAAGGAAGUUUUGGACUCAUUAAUAGGAUGCGUGUACACCAGAUUGUGCAAGAGUAUGAGAGAGCUGUUGUGUUCCGAUUUGGACGCAUUCUACGUGGAAGGCCCAGAGGACCUGGCUUGUUCUUCUUCCUUCCCUGCCUGGACACCUACUACAAAAUAGACCUUCGCCUCAAAACCUUAGAGAUUCCUUUCUAUGAGGUCAUUACCAAAGACAUGGCAAGCCUAGAAAUAGAUACCGUCUGCUACUACCGGAUGGAGAAUGCCGCACUCCUCAUGACCACCCUUGCCAACCUCUCUAGCGCAGUCCAGCUGCUAGUAAAGACCAUCUCAAAGCGCUUGCUGGCACAUCGGUCCCUCACUGACAUCCUGAUGGAAAGGAAGUGCCUCAGCCAGGAGAUAAAGGUGGCUGUGGAUGCCAUCACCUGUCAAUGGGGGAUCAAGGUGGAGCGGACAGAAAUCAAAGAUGUACGGCUGCCAGCUGAGCUUCAGGAGUCCCUGGCUGCACAAGCAAUGGCCCAGAGACAAGCCACAGUGAGGGCGAUUGCUGCUGAAGGAGAAAAGGUUGCCUCAGAAUCCCUGAAGAUGGCAGCUGAGAGACUGUCCAGCACACCAGCUGCCAUCCAGCUCCGUUACCUACACCUGUUGCAAACCUUGUCUGCAGACAAACCUUCAACCCUAGUUUUACCGUUACCCUUUGACCUCAUUAACUUUUCAUCUUUAGCCAAUCUAAAACCCACAGGCUGUAACCUCUCUGCAGAUAUUACCAACCAGCCAGAAGUUCGAAAGGACAUCAAGGACUCCCCCAUGCUAUAG